UCCGACCUUCAUCGUCUCUGUCAAUUGCAGCCGCAGCUACGCUGUAUCACAUAAUUACCAAGGGUCCACCCGUCUCCGCCAAAGCCCGAAGACUGAUUCCGUACAAGCUCAAAACCGUCCGCGCGGAAUUCGAGCACAUGCUCGAACUUGGCAUAGUUCGACCAUCCAGCAGUCCUUGGUCUUCGCCCUUUCACAUGAUCCCGAAAAAGUCAGGAGGCUGCCGACCAUGUGGCGAUUACCGCCCUCUCAACAACGUGACAAUUCCGGAUCGCUAUCCUAUCCCUCAUAUACAGGAUAUUACGGCCGGUCUUCAUGGCGCUCACGUGCUCUCAAAGAUCGAUCUGGUGCGAACUUAUCAUCAGAUCCCGGUCGCCGACGAGGACAUACCGAAAAGCGCCGUUAUUACACCAUUUAGACUAUGAGUUUCUACGAAUGCCAUUCGGUCUGCGCAACGCCGCGCAGACAUUUCAACGCUUCAUCGAAUCCGUCGUACGUGAACUCGAUUUCGUCCAUUCGUACAUCGACGACAUCCUGGUGGCAAGUUCUUCGAAAGAGGAAUACCGAACACAUCUACAACUUUUGUCCGAACAGUUGAAGGCGCACAAGGUCACCGUCAACCCCGACAAGUGCAUUUUCAUGCAGCAGCACAUUGACUUCCUCGGACACCAACUUGAUUCUGUGGGUAUCCGCCAUUUGCAGGACAGAGUAAAGCAAUUCGGGACUUUCCUCAUCCAACGACUCUAUUCGCCAUUCGACGCUUCAACGGCAUGGUCAACUACUAUCGCCGAUUCCUGCCACGCU